GCCUACCCACUUUAAGAUGGCGGAUAGUAUUCCUUUACACCCGGUGCGGAACCUGCAAAAGAGACAGGAAUAUUACCCGGGGAGACAGAGCAGAUAUCAAGUAGAAGAUGAGUCAUCGAGUUUAGAUGAGAUGCCAUUGAUGAUGUCAGAAGAAGGCUUUGAAAAUGAUGAGAGUGACUAUCACACAUUACCAAGAGCGAGAAUUAAUCAGAAGAAACGAGGGCUAGGCUGGUUUGUAUUCGGUGGAUGGAAAUUACUUUGUACCAGUUGCUGUGACUGGCUUGCUAACAUCUGCAGGCGAAAGAAACGGCUUAAAGCCCGCACAGUGUGGCUGGGACAUCCAGAGAAGUGUGAGGAAAAAUAUCCAAGGAAUGCAAUCAAGAACCAGAAGUACAAUAUUUUUACAUUUGUACCUGGGGUAUUAUAUCAGCAAUUCAAGUUUUUCUUGAAUCUUUAUUUCCUGGUGGUAUCAUGUUCGCAGUUUGUGCCAUCAUUGAAGAUAGGCUAUCUGUACACAUACUGGGCUCCUCUGGGUUUUGUUAUGGCAGUGACAAUAGUGCGGGAAGCAUUAGAUGAGUUCCGUCGCUAUCAGCGAGAUGAGGAGAUGAAUUCACAGCUGUAUAGCAAGCUGACCAUACGAGGUAAAAUGCAGGUGAAGAGCUCUGACAUCCAAGUGGGCGAUCUUAUUAUAGUCGAGAAGAACCAGCGCAUUCCUGCUGACAUGAUCUUUUUGAGAACAUCAGAAAAAAGUGGUGCGUGUUUUAUCCGUACGGAUCAACUAGAUGGUGAAACAGAUUGGAAGCUCAGGGUAGCUGUUUGCUGUACGCAGAGGUUGCCAGCUUUGGGUGAUCUUUUUACAAUUACUGCUCACGUUUAUGCUCAGAAGCCACAAAUGGACAUUCAUUGUUUUGAAGGGACCUUCACACGGGAAGAUAGUGAUCCUUCCAUCCAUGAAAGUCUGAGUACAGAAAACACUCUUUGGGCCAGCACAGUAGUGGCCUCUGGUACAGUGAUAGGGGUGGUAAUUUAUACUGGAAAAGAAACUCGCAGUGUAAUGAAUACUUCUAAUCCCAAAAAUAAGGUUGGCUUGCUGGACUUAGAGUUAAAUCGACUGACGAAGGCUUUGUUUUUGGCUCUGGUUGUACUUUCAGUAGUUAUGGUAGCUUUACAAGGAUUCGUGGGCCCUUGGUAUCGUUACCUUUUCCGCUUCAUUCUGUUAUUUUCCUAUAUUAUUCCAAUCAGUUUACGGGUAAACCUAGACAUGGGGAAAGCUGCGUAUGGUUGGAUGAUCAUGAGAGAUGAUAAUAUUCCUGGCACAGUGGUCCGGACGAGCACAAUACCAGAAGAACUGGGACGUUUAGUUUAUUUAUUAACAGAUAAGACAGGAACUCUUACACAAAAUGAGAUGAUAUUCAAACGUCUCCACCUGGGCACAGUUUCUUAUGGGACAGACACAAUGGAUGAAAUUCAAAGCCAUAUAAUUGGCUCCUAUGCACAGGGAAAUAGCUGUCAGAAUUAUUUGCUAGGAAGUAACACGAGUACUACUGCAUCCAGCAAGACCAGUUCAUCUGCUCCAAAGGUUCGCAAGUCCGUUCACAGUCGCAUACAUGAAGCUGUCAAAGCCAUUGCACUGUGUCACAAUGUUACACCUGUCUAUGAGUCACGUGCAGGGGCAAAUGGAGAAACAGAAUAUACUGAGGCUGACCAGGACUUCAGUGAUGAAAAUCGCACCUACCAAGCCUCCAGUCCUGAUGAGGUGGCUCUUGUGCAAUGGACACAGAGUGUGGGUCUGACAUUGGUGAGCAGAGACCUCUCAUCUAUGCAACUGAAGACCCCUAGUGGACAAAUCCUCCCAUUCAUCAUUCUACAAGUUUUUCCUUUCACAUCUGAAAGCAAAAGAAUGGGCAUCAUUGUCAGGGAUGAUUCUUCAGGGGAAAUCACAUUCUACAUGAAAGGAGCCGAUGUGGUAAUGGCAAGCAUUGUACAGUACAAUGACUGGCUAGAAGAAGAGUGUGGGAACAUGGCCAGAGAAGGACUACGGACUCUCGUGGUGGCCAAAAAGUCCCUAACAGAAGAACAGUAUCAGGAUUUUGAGAACCGGUACAAUCAAGCAAAGUUAAGUGUUCAUGAUCGCUCAUUAAAGGUUGCAGCUGUUGUGGAAAGUCUUGAGCGAGAAAUGGAACUUCUCUGCCUCACUGGAGUGGAGGAUCAACUACAAGCAGAUGUGAGACCAACCCUAGAGAUGUUGAGAAAUGCUGGAAUAAAGAUAUGGAUGUUGACAGGAGAUAAGCUGGAAACAGCUACUUGUAUUGCAAAAAGCUCUCAUUUGGUGUCUCGAAAUCAGGAUGUUCACAUCUUUCGCCCUGUAAUGAAUCGUGGUGAAGCUCAUUUGGAGCUGAAUGCUUUCAGACGGAAACAUGACUGUACACUGGUUAUAUCAGGAGAUUCUUUAGAGGUUUGUCUGAAAUAUUACGAGCAUGAAUUUGUUGAGCUUGCAUGCCAGUGUCCAGCUGUUGUCUGCUGUCGAUGUUCUCCAACGCAGAAGGCUCAAAUUGUGAAGCUCUUGCAACAACAUACAGGCAAACGCACAUGUGCAAUGGGUGAUGGAGGUAAUGACGUCAGCAUGAUUCAAGCAGCAGACUGUGGGAUUGGCAUUGUUGGAAAAGAAGGCAAACAGGCUUCUUUGGCAGCAGAUUUUUCCAUCACUCAGUUUAAACACAUUGGCCGGCUACUGAUGGUGCAUGGUCGCAACAGUUACAAGCGAUCUGCUGCGCUUGGUCAGUUUGUCAUCCACAGGGGCCUUAUCAUUUCCACUAUGCAGGCUGUAUUUUCAUCAGUGUUCUAUUUUGCAUCUGUUCCCUUGUAUCAGGGUUUCCUCAUGGUAGGGUAUGCUACCAUAUACACAAUGUUUCCUGUUUUUUCUCUGGUAUUAGACCAGGAUGUAAAGCCAGAAACAGCAAUACUAUAUCCAGAACUUUACAAGGACCUCACGAAGGGACGUUCAUUAUCCUUCAAGACAUUUCUUAUUUGGGUUCUAAUAAGCAUUUACCAAGGUGGCAUUUUAAUAUAUGGAGCAUUGGUACUGUUUGAGUCUGAGUUUGUACAUGUCGUAGCAAUUUCCUUCACUGCCCUGAUCUUGACUGAGUUGCUGAUGGUUGCACUUACAAUCCGGACCUGGCACUGGCUCAUGGUUUUGGGGGAGUUCCUCAGUCUUGGCUGCUAUGUGGCCUCCCUUGCAUUUCUUAAUGAGUACUUUGAUGUCGCCUUUAUCACCACUGUGACCUUCCUGUGGAAAGUAUCAGCGAUUACCCUCGUCAGUUGUCUUCCACUUUAUAUCCUUAAAUACUUGAAGCGCAAGUUAUCUCCGCCCAGUUACUCCAAACUUACCUCGUAGUGCAAUUGCUUGGUUCAGUAAGUGACACUUCUGCCAUCGCUGUGGAGGGGUCUAAUAAGUCCUUUGAAAAGAGACUUCACAGGAAAACUGUCAUGCUUUGAAAAUGGUCUGUUGACCGAACAGCCAAAAAAAAAUGCAUUGGAAUGUUGCACACGUUGUAUGUGGAGCAUUGAAAGAAAAUAACAGUACUUCUGAAUAAUAGGCACUGCACAGGACCUCUGAAGUGACAUUUCACAGUACUGAUGGAGUCAGGGAGAAAAUGGAAAUAACUUGUCUUUGUAUUUUUUUUUUACUUUUUUUUUCUUGCUAACCUGUGUAAAAAUUCAAAUGUACUUUUGUUUAAAAAGGUUUGCUGUACUUUUUAUUGUUCCUGCAUUCCAAUUCUGUAAUGAGUUACAGAAUUGUCCAUGAAGUGCUGGUUAGUGCAAUUGUCCAAAUUGUAGUGUAUAAAAGCUCACUUAUUAAUGCCAUUGUGCAUAAACAACAGUUUAGCACUAUAUAUUUAUUAGAAGUUCAGCUGUCCUUAUAAUUGCUCUCCACUUUAGCAUUUGCUAUUAUUAAUGUCUAUAUUUCCCUGUCUCUAAUUUACAGCUGUGUUUGUGAAGCAAAUCUGCACUAAAAUGUAUAUGCACAGCAGGCUCUCAACACCCUACAAUGUCAUUAUCAUUGUUACGUACCUCCCCUAUAUUUUUUUCUCACUCCCAGUAUUAUUGAAUUGUGGUUAUUUUUGGAGAUUAACUUUAGGAUUUCUGCAACCUGAAUUUUAUGUGAGGCAUUCUACGUGACAAAAAGUUUUGAAAAUUAUUUUUCUGCAACUAAUCUAAAAACAUAUGUACAAUGUGGAAUUUCAAUUUCUUCUCUCUGGAGACUUGAGAAUUGUGUCGCCCCAUUCCACCUCCAAGAGGAAUACUCAUAAUCCAAAACACAACUCUAAGCAAACCAAUAUUCUUCAAAUCAUAGUCCCAGUGAUCCUGGGGUAAUGUGCUUCUAGAUUGAUUUGUUUAGCGUUCGUCUGAUAAAGUGGAGUAUAAAAGAAGAUGUGGUAUUUUUUACAAAGAGGAUCAACAUGUAUUCUGCUAGCAGUUUCCUGGAUCCAGCACUGAAUUAAAAUUUACUACACUCACUUAAAGUCCAUUUUGAAGACAAAGAGAAUCAAGUGUAUUAAGUUGUUCAGUAAAGAAACAAAGUACUCAUUAUAUUGGUCUUUGACUUGUGAAAAUUAAUUUUUGUAUUCAUAACCUAUUAAAACAUUUUUUGCACUCAUAGUUUUAAUUAACUGGUGUUCUGAUUUAUCAGUGUAUGAAUCCACUAAUAUGCUUAAAGGGAGUUGUACAGGACUGAUCUUUGACAGGUUACAAUGCAGUUCCAAUUUUAAUUAAAAAUAUUUGAUUUCUAGAUUGCACUGGAUUAUGCUAAAUUAUAAGCAUUUACAAAACUUCUUACGGCAGUCCAUUAGAGAGAUUGCCCUAAAAUUGGAAUUUGUAUACCACUUUUGUACAUAGCCUUCAAUAAAGGAAGCCUGGCGUCAGAUUCUGAUUGUUAUUCUUUGCUGCAGCUGUCAUAGUUGUAAUGAAACGAAUAACGGUGAAAUGUGUUAUAAUGGUCACCUUGGUUAAAAGUUAUGAAAAACAUAUGAAUUAAGCAUCCAUCUAUUGCAGCAUCACACCUAUUAAUAGACAAACUAGCAAUAUAAGCAAAUGGAGCCUGCAUCAGGAUCUAGCAACCACCCUCAAGAUUAACCAUGGUAAUUGUUUUCAAAUUAACGUACUGUUGCGGUUAAACCGUUAAGUGUCACUAUAUAUCAUUUGGAUUCAAACAUUUUAAGGAACCACUUGAAUUUAAUGGUGAAGGUGACCACUUUAUUCAGAUUUUACUGUAUUGUUAAAUUAAACUGAAGCUCCCCCUGCCCAAUAAAGUGAAUUUACAUUUU